AUGCCAAAGUUUUACUGUGAUUACUGCGAUACAUACCUCACUCAUGAUUCUCCAUCUGUGAGGAAGACACACUGCAGCAGGAGGAAGCACAAAGGGAAUGUGAAAGACUAUAAUCAAAAAUGGAUGGAAAAACAAGCCCAGAGCUUGAUGGAUAAAACAACCACUGCAUUGUACCAAGGAAGAAUUCCUCCCAACCUGUCCUCUGCUCCUACACUAGGAGGCCUUGAUCCCACCUCUUCACCCUAACAUGCUGCCCCCCCUCCUGGAAUGGUGCCUAUGAUGCCUGGCCCUCCAAUGUUUAGGCCCCUUCCUCAUCCCAUGAUGGUGCCCACUCACCCAGCAAUGCCCAGACCAGACAGAUAAAAUGGAGAGAAUAUAAAGAA